GUUCAGUGUCGCUAUGAUCUCAUUCUAAAUUCAAAUUAUUCUAGGUACCUGUCUACAAUCUCAUUGCAAACUUAACGGCCAUACACUUGCGUCAAAUUUAUGUUUGGUUGAUAUACCGUUUUGCCGUUUUAGCAUUUUAAUCAAGUUUCAGUCCAUUUUCGAUUUCAAAAUAAUUUAAAACUUUAGUAUAAAUGUAAAUUAAAAUUAGUUUUAAUGUACCUAUACUAGUCAGUAAGUACUUACCAAUUCUCGUUUAUCUUUCUGUGCAGGUUCAUCAAUAUGAAUGUGAGAUCAAAACAAAUUAUGUCACUGCUAAGCAAUUUGGAAAAUGACGUCUUACCACCGGAUAGAAUGAUAUCGCAGCUACCUCAUCACGAUAACAAUGACUCGCCUCCAAAAGCAAUAUUAAGGGAUGUGCAUAAAAACAACGACUCUGUCGUCCAAAAUAUUGAUUUGAGCAAAAUCUCUGAAGCAACACAACACCACUCCAUAAAUCUGCCAGAAGCUCACCAGGACAGCUUAAUUAGUAAUCUCGUGGAUACAGCGACCUUUGAUCUUUUAUGUAAUGAAACGCUGCCUUCAACAUCAUUCUGUGAUUCAUUCAUAGAAGAUUCAGAUGAUUCUGUAAAAGAUAAAAACUAUGUUCCUGAGCCAUCUUCAACAUCGUCGAGUUUAAGAGAUUUAGAUAUCACAAACGAUCCAGCAGAAAUUCAGGUCAACAAUGUCAAUACCCAGCCAGCACAAUUACCUGUUGUGAAAAUACGGAAUAAGUCAUGUAGGAAACGUAAAAGUGAACUUCAAUAUGCCAAAAACAUACAGAAAUAUCCGGUGCGAGAACCCUGUCAAAAUUUAUGUAAAAAACUAUGUACUAUACAUUUUACUGAAGAAGAUAGAAAAAAAAUUAACAAAUAUUAUUGGUCUUUGAAUUGGGAACAUCAAGGAAUAUUUAUCAAAAAUCUUGUGACGGAGGAGGCUUGCAAGAAAAGUACAAAGAAUUUGAAACGACCACGAAACGUAACUUACAAGUACAGUUUAACAAAAAGAGAUACAGAAGAACUAUCGCAUGAGGUAUGCAAAGUAUUUUUUUUAGGCACUUUAGGAUAUGACAAAAAAAAUGACAGGCGUGUAAAUUCUGUCCUGAAAAAGUCAAUUUUAGAGCGAAAGGAUAAUAGGGAUGGCCGUAAUUUGACAAAUUGUCAUGCUAUAGAUCGUACUUUGAUCACAGCUCAUAUUGAAUCGUUCAAUCCAUGUGUGCAUCAUUAUAGACGAGUGCAUGCACCCAAUAAGAGAUACUUGCCCAGUGACCUUACAAUUGUUGAUAUGUAUGGAAACUUCCAAGAGAAGUACCCCGAAUUCAAAUGCAGUCUUGAAACUUACAGAGAUCACUUGACAAACAAAAUGAACAUUUCUUUUGCUAAGCUCGGCCAUGAACAAUGCGAGACAUGUGAAACCUUCAACCUCCAUAACCUUGAUCAUGUAAAAGAACCGUGUACUGAUUGCCAAAUUUGUAAGACCUACGCUCAUCAUAAAAUUAAGUAUACACUAGCCCGAGAGAUGUACGAUGCAGAUACAAAGGCUAAUAGUCAGCGUAAUACUGUAAUUGUUUCUGUGGACCUCCAAAAAGUAAUAAUGUUACCUCGCAUUGAUACCUUUAAAGCAGCUCUGUUUUGCCCCAGGCUUGUGGCGUACAAUGAAACCUUUGUACCUCUAGGAAACUUCAAGAAAGGUCACGUAUUUGCAGCAGUUUGGCAUGAAGGAGUGGCAGGGAGAAAGCAAGAAGACAUCACUAGUACAUUUAAAGCAUUCUUACUAAAUAAUCGUGAUGCAGAGCACAUCGUUUUAUGGCUUGAUAAUUGCUCGGCACAAAAUAAAAACUGGUGUUUUUUUACUUUCUUGAUAAGUAUAAUUAACAACUUAGAGAUUUCUGCCACAACAAUUGAACUCAAGUUUUUUGAACCGGGCCAUACUUUUAUGUCCGCCGAUUCCUUCCACCAUUUUGUAGAGCAGUCGAUGGACAAAAAGGGUAAGCUGUACGAUUAUCAAGACUUUUUAGAAGCUGUUGAAACAUCAUUGAAAUCGGGGAAGGUAGAAGUCAAAAGUAUGGAAAUAAUAGAUUUUGUUAAUUUUAAAUCUCAUAUUUCACAUAAAAAAAACAAAGAUAUAGAUGGAAACCGGGUAUACAUCAAAGAUAUUGUACAUCUUAUGGUAAAAAGGGGAAGUCAUAGUUUCUUUUACAAAAAGAACUUUGAUGAUAUAGAAUUCAAAGAACUAUAUUGUCUCAAAUCAAAGAACUUGCCUAAUUUUACUGUAAAAACUGUUCCUAAAGGCAUUGAUAGGGAAAGGAAGCGAAACAUCUUAAACGUAUUAGGGCCGCUUAUUCCACCAAAUAGAUUAAUCUUCUGGAAAAAUCUUUCUGUUGGUUCUACGUCACAAGAACCAGAAGAAUUUAAUUUUGAUAUUGAUGAAUAAUCUUAAACUGUUAAUGUGUUUUGAAUUUAUUUUUAAUAGUCUGUAUUUUUUAUCUUCAAAUUCUAAGAAACAAUGUGCCUUAAAGUUAACUUAAGACUGAUUAUUAAUAAGUACAACAAAAGAACUAAGUAAAUAUUUUUCUGAUCUGUUUUGAUAAUUGUAUGAUACAUACAUUUUUAUUAUUUUAAAUCUAGUAGUAAGAAUAAUAAGAGGCUUCAAAAGCUAAACUAAACCAAUGUUAUUUUUAAAGCGCGUUAAUAUACUGUUAAAAAUUACUUUUAGAAACUAAUUAUGUACCUACCUAAUAACCAAGGCUUGUAAUGCUUUGUGUGUGAUGAUUGUUUUACUUUAAUGUUGAUCUCAAGAUUAUGUCUAGUAGUAAGAAUAAUAAGAGGCUUCAAAAGCUAAACUAAACCAAUGUUAUUUUAAAGCGCGUUAUACUGUUAAAAAUUACUUUUAGAAACUAAUUAUGUACCUACCUAAGACUUACCAAGGCUUGUAAUGCUUUGUGUGUGAUGAUUGUUUUACUGUAAUGUUGAUCUCAAGUUUAUGUCCACCUUUAUAAUACUCACCUACAUUUACUAUCUAUAUUUUAUUGUUAAACAUAAAGAUACAUUAUGUUAUAUAUGUUAAUAUUAAGAGAAAACUGUCAAAGGAGGUUGUGCAUUCUGCGCAGGGUCCUUUAUUAAUUAGAUGUUUUUUU